AUGACUCAACUAACCGAUUCUACGCCAACGGACGCCAAGGACUAUCUCGACGAGUCAUUUUCAAAAUGGCUGCUUCCGCUUCUAGAGAAGCAUCAUGUCCCAGGCUACAGCGUCGCCGUCAUCAGCAAUGGUAAAGUUAACUCGACGGGAUACGGUCUCGCCCGGCUCCCCAACACGCCAGCCACCUCCGAUACACUCUACCCCAUGUGCAGUACCACAAAGGCGUUCACGGCAGCUCUUGUGGGGAUGUGCAUUGAGGAGGCCCAGAAGCAGACUUCCUCUUCCAAAAGCAAGGACAGUGGUGGCGGAGGUCCUGCCGCUUCGAGUGAGGCGGCUAAGUUGGAGGUUCUGCGUAAGAAAGGGUGGAAGACAGCAGUGCGCGAUGUCCUCCCCGAUUUUGUCGCUUCAGAUCCUUAUGUGACACAACAUGCUACUCUGGAAGACAUCGCCUCUCAUAGAUCCGGCAUUGCAGGCCAUGACUUGAUUUGGGGCCCUUGGUUGGGAUCAUCCGUUUCUCAGGCCACUCGCAUAUUCCGACACCUCGAACCUGUCGGAGAGGACUUCCGCUCCAAGUUUCAGUACAACAACCUGUUAUAUGCGACCCUGGGAGAUGUUGUAGAGACUGUUCUUGGGAAAUCGUACAACGACGCUUUGCAUGAGAAGGUACUGGAACCAUUGUGUAUGUCCCGAACCUGGGUGGACGUCGCGCGCGCGAAAGAAGAGCAGGCCACGUGGGCUCGAGGCUAUUACUGGCGAGCUUUGGAAGACCGCGACGCCCAAGAAUCGAAGGAGGGCCAGGAAAAGGGUUACUAUCUCCCUGAAAAGGUACACAGUCUCCUCGGAGUAGAGCCCGCGGGUGCUCUUAUCUCGAGUGUUGAUGACUAUGCUAAAUGGGUCGUCGGUCUCCUUGCUGCUGCGAAGCAAUCAAACAGCGAAGCCUCAACAGAAAAGAUCGACAGUGAUUCCCGCGCCAAAAGUGCCAUCUCUCCGAGUGUCUGGCGGCAAGUUACAACCCCACGCAUCCAGUAUCCAGACCCCUAUCCUUCGACUCUUUUCCAACAGCCGAAAUCUAUGCACGCACGGCCCGACGGCUACGCCUUUGGGUGGGUUAUCAAUGACACCUUCCUCCCCGGCCAUCUCUUGGUCCAGCAUGGUGGGGGCCUCCCAGGCAUCAGCACCCUCGUGGCCAUGCUCCCCGACCAUGAUUUCGGAAUCGUGCUGGCUGCAAAUGCCAACGGCGGUAGUGCCGUCAAUCUAGCUGUGGCAAAAGAGCUGUUUGGAAGACGCAUCGGCAUGUCCGAGGAGGACAGGCGGCGGCACCUGGAUCCCGAGAAGAAGAAGGAAGACAAAGGAGACAAGCAGGGCGUGGAGGAUUUGGAGCCCAAAGUCAACGGCCAGCAGCAGGCCGCUGUGCAGCCGGCUGGAAACGCACCUACUUUCAAGCUGCACGGAAAGUACUUCAACGCAGCGUACGGCACCUUUCAAUUCGAACCAGCUGACGCGUCCGCCUCCCUGGGCGCAAAGCACCCGUCGUUGAACGGCAUCGAGAUCGUCAGGCCCAAGCCGAAGGCCCAAGCCUCGCCCUCCUCUUCCAACAGGGAAGCAAACACCAAUAGCAUCUCCCCACCUACCAUCCUCGUCACGCCCAUGGGCCGGCGCGGCCUACACUACCAGCUCCUUCUCCACCCUUCGCCCGCAGCCCAGCCGCACGCCAGCAAAAUCCUCUACCGUAUGGAAACCCUCUUCAGUCACGGCAACCUCAGCCAAGAUGAGUUUCCGGAGCUGGAUCCCGGCUGGGGCGACCCCAAUGACAGUGUGUGUCCGGGCCCGCCGGAGAAGGGGAAGGCGAUUUGGGAGAGUGGAGGCGUCAAGAGCGGUGGGUUGGCGGUUGGAGAGGUGGUUCCUGGUGUGCGGAGGGAGGAUGGGGAUGGGGACCAAGUGGUGUGGAGGGUGGGGAUGAGGUUGCUGAGGGAGGAUGGAGGAGGGAAAGAGGAGGAGGGAGGGUUGGAGGAGGGGUGGGAGGAGAGGAGGAUGUGGUUUACCAGGGUUUGGGAGGAGCCGUGA